GCAUGGCCAUGUCACCCCACCCGUAGCUUAAACUAUUGACAGGGGCUCUUCUCUGUUUGGACAGUGCACGUGAGAGUCAUUCAUGGAUAACAACGUUGAGAGAAAUGGCUGAUCCAGAGCUAUGUUUGGAGAGUGGAGGUUAUGAUGCGGAUUCUUUUGUUGACCCUCCAGACCAAGACCUGAUUUGUACCAUAUGUCAAGGUGUUCUUAGAUGUCCAGUGCGGGCACCUUGCCACCACAUCUUCUGCAAAAAAUGCAUUUUACAGUGGCUGAAAAGGCAGGAGACAUGUCCUUGUUGUCGAAAACCAAUUAAUCAUAAUUUAAUAUUGGUGAUGUACAAAUUGAGCAAGUCAAUUGGCCGUUUAAAGAUUAAGUGCAAGAACGAGAUCCGUGGUUGCCGCGCAACCUUUCCACUGGCAGAGCAAUACUGCCACAGCCUGGCCUGUGUGUUCGAGCUGGUGGGGUGCCCGUACCGCGGCUGCCGUGCCCAACUGCUGCGCCGUGACCUGGAGACCCAUGCACGGCACUGUGAGCACUGGAGGCGACCGUGCCACAUGGGCUGCGGAGCACUGGUGAGCCAUGGUACAUGGACACAGCACAAUUGCUACCAGCAGCUGCGUCUGCAGCACGAGGCACAGCGUCAAAGCCACCGUGCAGUCGCUAUUGCACUCCAAAGGAAGAUGAGGCGCAUGCAGAAGGCCAUGGCCCACAUGAAGGAGCAGAUUGCCCUGAUCUGUGAGAGCCUGGAGGUUAUGGAUGAGCAACAGGAGCAGGAAGAAGAGGGCAGCAACAGUGAGAGAAGCAACAGCAGAAGCAGUAGCUUCUGAAAAAGUCCUGUCCUCUCUUGCUCUGUGAACUAAAGCAAGGGGUUAGGCAUGUUAAUAACAUGUAUACCACAGUAUGCCGUAGAAAGGGCAGAUAUUAGUCAUAUCUGCCACACAGAGAUAGUCCUGAGAGGUACUGCUUUUCACUGCUGUUAUGACAAACAAGAUGAAAUAAAAAAUAUGUAUUUGAAA